AUGGUUUCUCUUACAGCAAGCCUCCGUUGCUUACUAAUUUUGAGCUGCGGAGAUGUUGAGAGAAACCCUGGACCUCCCCCAGAAUCAGCUCCAAGAUCAGAAGUGUUGCGUCGAUUUACACGAUUCAUACAGUCUGAACUCGUGAAGCAUAUAUAUAAAGCAAAUAACUAUAACCUCCCAACACACCUGUACGAAAGAGAUCCACCCGGUUGGAAUAGAUUUGAGAAAGAUACUAAGUUUGAAAAUAUAUGCAACAUAAAGACAGGCGGCAGUCAAACAUUUGAUAAGCUAGUUAAACUUUUUAAGAAGGAUGUGAGACCUAUUCCUACGGAUAUAUUCGAUGUUAUUGUUUGCUAUGAGAAGCUGAGAGAUUCAAAAAGGAAUCCCGAUGAGACAAAGUGGAAGGUCGCUCUAGAAAACUAUGUUUCUCAAAAUAAGUCGAUGAAAAAUAAACAAGCAGUGAUUGAUAAUCUUGAUGAGAAUCUCAUGAUUGAAGUUUUACAAAAGGGAGCAGAAAAAGUCAAGCAAGGAAUCAUCGGCUCAACUGAUGAAGGAUUUGACAACAUCGUUGUUGCCAUCGACCAAGUUUUAGAUGCUAUAUUGGAACACAACACAAAUCAUACGGUAGAGAAAUCCAAAUCUGCAGGGAAAAAAAGGCAAGCAACUGAGACAGUUACUAAGAUCAUACGAAAUAGAGGAAAGCAUUAUAAAGCCAUGGUUACUCAAGGAUCAAGCCACCCAACCUCGCAGCAAUUAGACACUUCCAUGGAGAUAUUGCUGCUUCCAUCUCCUCCCUCACCAUAUUGUGAUGGAAUCCUUGAGUCAGAAGACAUUGACCUUCAGGGUGACUGA